AUGGCCGGCCACGGAUACACGAAGACCGACCCCGCUGUCGACCGAUGGAAUGUCAUGCGGGAGGCGGUCUACCAGAACUUCCGCUGGAACAAGCGGACAGCACGCCAGGCCAUCUUCGGCAUGGUCCUCUUCCCCGCUGCCGUCUACGCUCUUGCAUACAACCAACACAACAAGUGGGAUUGGGCAGGGAAGCGGAAAGGGGAGUCGCUACUUCGCGCCGCGCCCGCACAGGAGUCGGAUUAA